AUGCUGUUGACUGAGCGAGGUGAAAAACAACCAUCAUCGCGUACAUUGUUGCGUGGGAAUGCGUUCUUGUAUUCGGUUGCCGCCUUUGCCGCGUUAGGGCAAUUCUUGUUUGGAUAUGAUCAAGGAGUGAUGUCAGGCGUACUUGUAAAUCAACGUUGGCUUGAAUUAUUUCAUUAUCCGGAUGCUGUCAUGAAAGGCCUUGUUGUAGCCAUCUUUGAAUUAGGGGCAUUGGUAACUUCAGUGAUAGCUGGUUGGGCUAUUGACCACUUUGGUCGCGUUGGGGCCAUUCGUAUUGGUGCAUUCAUUUUCAUCAUUGGCGGUACCUUGCAAACAGCUGCCAACCACAUUGCUUUAUUGCUGGUGGGUCGUUUAGUUGCUGGCUUUGGCGUUGGCUUUUUUAGCACUGUCAUACCCUUCUAUUCUGCAGAGCUUGGACGUGCCGAAAAUGUAGGUGCAUAUGGUAAAGGCUAUUACCUCAAUUCUCAAUUACAUUAA